CAUCAAGCUCUUGUUAGUCACAGCUGAUAAGGAGGUCCCUUUUAAGCGAGAGGAUGUCGAUCUCCAGUGCAUUAGCGCAGAUUGAUCUGUGAAGGACGUUCCAGGAAAGAAGUGGAUAUAAUAACGAACUUUCACGAUGGCACCAACAGUCCACCCCGUGUCGCCCUUUGACCCGAGCAGCGACUCCUCCAACCUGCGGAAGGCCAUGAAGGGAUUGGGCACUGACGAAGACGCCAUUAUCAGCAUCCUCACGAGCAGGACGUCAGACCAGAGGCAGGCGAUCAUGACUGAAUACAAUCACACAUAUAACAGGGAUCUUGUGAAGGAUCUGAAGAAGGAGCUGCACGGGAAGUUUGAGGACGUGGUUGUGGCCCUGAUGACUCCCUUGCCGGCGUACCUGGCUGAGGAACUCCACCACGCCAUGAGCGGGAAGGGAACUACCGAAAAGACUCUGGUGGAAAUUCUCUGCACGAGGGACAACGCCUCCAUCAGGUCUCUCAAGGACGCCUAUGAACUCAAGUAUAACAAAAAGCUCGACGAUGUGGUCAAGAGCGAGGUUUCAGGAGACUUCGAGGAUUUCCUGAUGUCGUUGCUCGCAUGUGUGAGAGAUGAGGAGUCCUUUGACCCUGCACUCAGUCUUCACCUUGCCGAGAAGUUGUACAAGGCAGGUGAGGGCCAGAAAGGAACAGACGAGGAGGAACUGCGCCGCAUCCUGGUAUCCUACUCCUACCAGCAGCUGAAGGAUGUCUUCUCAGAGUACCACAAGCUAGCCGGGAAGACGCUGGGGGAGGCUCUUGACGAUGAGCUCUCCGGAGAUCUGAGAGACGCCAUGAAAGCUGCUUACAUGUGCAUCCAGAACCACGCGGUCUUCUUCGCACAGGAACUCCACGCGGCCAUGGCGGGUUUCAGGACGAGGAACAGGGCUUUGAUCCGACUGGUGGUGACCCGGUGCGAGAUCGAUAUGCAGGAGAUUAAACUACAGUACCAGAGUCUGUAUCAGAGGCCGCUGGAGAAGGACAUUAAGGGAGACACUUCCGGUGACUAUAGGAAGAUCCUUAUGGCGCUCGUUGUUGACUAAACUGCUCAUUGCAAGCAGGGGCGACAUCGAGGAAUCAACACACCACCGAUCUGUAGCAUAUUUCACUGAUUUCAUGUAAAAGCAGAGACAUGCACGCACACACUGGCACACACUCAUAUAUAUAUAUAUAUA